AUGGGACCGUACCAGAUUCUGAGUCGGGUAGGCGAAGUGGCUUAUCAGUUAGCGUUGCCACCUUCACUAUCGGGAACACAUGAUGUGUUCCAUGUAUCUCAACUCCGAAGGUUCGUGCCUGACACUUUCCGCCCUAUCCUCCCAGAUUCUGUCGAAGUAGAACCAGAUCUCUCCUAUGAUCCACAACCUUGCGGUAUUUUGGAGUAUGCUAGCAGGUCUCUAAGGAACAAAGAGAUACCUCUUGUAAAAGUGUUGUGGGAUGAGACGCGUCCCGAGGAAGCUAUGUGGGAGCUUGAGUCAGAGAUGCGGGAAUCCUACCCUCAAUUGUUCUGGUGA